AUGACGUUCAUCCGGGCUCCGUCUGCGGCGUUGGGGAGGAGCGCGGCCUCCUUAUAUUUAACGCCAACGCUGGUUUUUCCCGCGCGCCAGCGUUGUUCAGUGCGAUUCCCGUCCUUCCGCGUUGGCCUCAGCAGAACCAGGUAUUACUCGUCCGAUCAGAUCCUCAGCUCACCCCCCGAUCCUCCGUCAUUUAAGAAAAGAUCAAUUCUACGCCGCCUUCUUGGAUUCUCCGCAAUAGCAGCGUUCUCCUUCUUUGUCGGAACCGCCUCGAAUUCGAAAGUCUUCAACAUGCAUUCUACAGUGAGCGAGAUGGUCUUGAACGAGGGAACCGUCAGCUCGUAUACAGCGGAGGACGAAUUCGCCAAGGAAGUGGAGGACUACAUCAAUUCACACCCGCUUACAGAAUCCAUGCGCGGCAACCCGCUGUUCAAGGAAUCAAGACCGCACCUGCAGAUUCCUCCGGAGAUCAGAUCGCACACUCUCACGGGAGGAACACUGAGCGGCCCCAAUAAGAUCGUCGUCCCGCCGUAUACUUGGAGCGAAGAAGGAGGAAAAAGCUUCGUGUCGAUGUUCUACCUUGGCCCCGACGUCUCCGGGCACCCCGGCAUCGUCCACGGUGGCUUGUUGGCGACCCUGCUGGACGAAGGCCUCGCCAGGUGCUGUUUUCCCGCCCUACCAAACCGAAUCGGUGUCACCGCCAACUUGAACAUCGACUACCGCCGUCCCGCGCCAGCAGGCUCAUAUUUCGUCCUGCGAGCAAAAACCACAAAAGUGGAAGGGAGGAAAGCCUGGGUUGAAGGCUGGAUUGAGACGGUUCCUGAAGAUGGAACUGAGCCGGUUGUCCUUGUGGAAGCCAAGGCAUUGUUUGUCGAGCCGAAGAAUGCAGCGAUGCUUCCCCGCUUAUAUCGUGCGACGUGA